AUGCAUCUUCGUCCAGAUCAUGCAGUGCGAGAUCUGCCAACGCUUCAUUCUUUCAUCCAACAACACCGCCUUGGCGUCUUGACCACAUCUCUCCCCUCUCAAGACCACCCAACCCUUCAAUGCAGCCACAUCCCCUGGAUCCUAGACGAGCCUUUAGCCUCAGAGAACAACAAUGACGCUCCCGGGUCACUAGGCAUCUUGCGCGGGCAUAUUGCCCGCCAAAAUCCGCAAGGAAAGGCAAUGAUCGAAGCCUCGGGGAGCGCCACGCCCGUCCCUGGCGCCUUUCCAACCGAUGCACUCACAGCCCCGAAAGAAAUACACACUCUUCCCGAGGAAGUGUUGAUCGUAUUCACUAGCCCAGUGGACCACUACAUCUCCCCAAAUCUCUACACCGACACCAAACCAGGCGGGCGCGUCGCGCCGACCUGGAAUUACGCAGCCGUCCAAGUCUACGGCCGUGCCACCAUCUAUCACGACACGCAGGACCCACAGACUGAAUCAUUCCUACGACAGCAGCUAGGGGACCUAGCCAGACUAGGUGAGGAGGGGAUCAUGGGAUAUGGGGAUUCUGGAUCGAGGUCCGAUGAGAAUGAAAUCGACGGGCGUCGGGGGGACGCUAGCGCGGCGGCGCCCCCGAAACCUUGGAAAAUUGCCGAUGCGCCAUUAGAGUAUAUUGCAGCACUGCUGAAGAACAUCAUCGGGAUGCAGAUUGAAAUUACGCGCAUUGAGGGGCGGUUCAAGGUUAGUCAGGAAAAGGGUGCUGGGGAUCGGGGUGGGGUUGUGGAGGGAUUGCAGGGGAUGACGGCGACGGCGAGGGAUAUGGCGGAGUUUGUUCGCAGGGGAAGGGUGCUGCCUUGA